GUGGGCGGAUGCUGGUGGUUCUGGUGUCGGCGUGACGUGGGACCCAUAGGUCCUGUAUCCGUGGCAGCGGCCGGUCGCGGUUACCGGAGAGAACUUUCCACCGACAGCCAUCUGGGCCGCAGCGCGCCUCCAAGACGGGUCGGCAGCUAUGGCCAAGGACAUCUUGGGGGAAGCAGGGCUGCACUUUGAUGAGCUGAACAAGCUUCGGGUGUUGGACCCAGAGGUUACACAGCAGACCAUAGAGCUCAAGGAAGAGUGUAAGGAUUUUGUGGACAAAAUUGGCCAGUUUCAGAAAAUAGUUGGUGGUCUAAUUGAGCCUGUUGAUCAGCUUACGAAAGAAGCAGAGAAUGAGAAGAUGAAGGCCAUCGGUGCUCGGAACUUGCUCAAAUCCAUAGCAAAGCAGAGAGAAGCCCAACAGCAACAACUGCAAGCACUAAUAGCAGAAAAGAAAAUGCAGUUGGAAAGGUAUCGAGUUGAAUAUGAAGCUUUGUGUAAAGUAGAAGCAGAACAAAAUGAAUUUAUUGACCAAUUUAUUUUUCAGAAGUGAACUGAAAUUUUCUUAUUUAUAGUGGGAAGGUAAAAAAAAAAAAACACCACAAACAAACAAAACCUCUGUACCAUUCCAGUGACUUGACUGAUGACCAAGUAUGUAAUGGCAGUGUGUAAGGAGGCAGUAUUCCCAUCUGGGGUACCUCUGGGGCAGCUGUAAACAGUACCCAGCCACUAGUGGCAGGGCAGCACAGGGCCUCACCUCUUGCAUUCUCAGCACAAACUAAGCAGCCUGUAAAAACUUUGACCCACUUUUUUUUUUUUUGUAAAUUCAAAAAGCUCUCGAUGAAAAGCAAUAAAUACCAUUUGCAAA